GCCACCCCUACAUCCCGUGCCUCGUGUGCCAAUGUGCCAAUGUGCCAAUGUGCCAAUGUGCCAAGGUGCCAAUUCGUGCUGGAGCUGAGAACAUAGGGGAACAGGUCUUACCUUGGUGGCGGAAACCGAACAUGCUGUCGCCAAAGCCACACAGAACGUCCCUCCGUCGACCCGACCUACCACCGCCUUGUCAGCGCAGGACCUCGGCGUGUCGACCCAGCUGCCGAAACUGCUCGCGGCCAUAGAUCAAGAGAAUAGCUUGCUCGAAGACAGAUUCCAGGCCCAGGUGUGUGUCGGCUGGCUGCAUUGGGUGGCGGGAGAGUACAACCUGGCCACGGUCCGGUUGCCAGGAACCAUCGAUCAGGAAUACUCGCAGUUCGAAACUCUCGACAACGUCACGGAUUGGACCAAGGUCUGUGUACUGAAGUCAGCCUAUAUUGCAGCGAACUCCCUGGCGCGGAUGGACCGACGGGCUGAGGCGCUGGCGGCGUUUAAGCUCUCCUUACCCUCCUUGUCCAGCAUUUGGUUAACCAAGCCCUCCAAGAACCAGCUGCGCUACUGGUCCGAGCUCUAUCUCACCGAGUUCUGCAUGUUGCAAGGCCAAUCGCUCCAGGAAGACCCGAGCUCUCUCGAAGACCCGAACUGCCUGGCAUGCUUCCGUUGCUGGGCCAAGUACUGGGAUGCCCAGGGCAUCUCUGCUACCGGCGGAUACGGAUUCCGGGGAACUGUACCGCGAAGGAGGAUAUGGCUGGAGUACUAUGACGUGAUAUCGGAGAUUCUCAAGCAGGAUCUGCCGUUCCCGACGGGUUACGCCCCGGUCAACAAUGAGGCUUCAGCCAGGAGCCAGCUUCCCACGGAGCUCAAGCAGGUGGAGGUCAAAUACGAGGCGCUACUACUCGGCGAGACCAAAUUUCCCAGAGCCGAGGAAGAACGGGAGGAAGUGGAGGCCUUUGUCGAGCUGGUCAUGGACAACUGGACCAUUCUCAACGGGCGCGGCUGGCGGGAACACGACCUUGGCCAGGGAGGAAGGGAAUCGCUCAGUCGAGGAGUCCUCGACCUCUUGUACCGUGCGGCCACCAAGACUUACCAUUCGACAGCAAUACUGCGGCAUCUAUUCAGGGCGCAUCUCGCAGUGGCCGAGUUCGAUCUGGCUCUCAGGUCGCUGGACUCAUACUUGGAUCUUGUCAAGAAAGGGAAGGCUCGAGUUGGCAAGACUGACCAGCCCGAACCGAGUCUGGACGAUGAUGCGACCGUCAUGGAGACCAUAUCAUCGGGAAUUGCAGCUCUCUGCCGGUACGGCGACAAGGCGGCGGCGGAGAAGGCCCGUAGCCUCGCGUCGGAGUUGGAGCACUGGAUUGAGAACCACAAGACAUCUCAGCCAGCCCAGGAAGGCGGCUUGACUCCCGUUGGAGAAGCCGACCAGGUAUCCUCGACUCAGACUCGACCCGGAGCAAAGACCAUGGCGCUGUCGUGGCAGGCCAUCGGAUUAGCACAAGCGCAAUGGGCACGAAUGACCUUCGACGCCGCGUCUCGGGCCGAAAUCCAGAACAAGGCUGCUGUGUGCCUGCAAAAAUCGCUGUCCGCAGAAUUCGGUCGGGCCGCUGAUGUUAGAGGGAUAUUUGCUCUGGGUGUCCUUCUCGCCGAGCAGAGGGAGCUAUCCUCUGCCAUUGAGCUGGUCAAGAGUGCUCUGCUCGCUGAGAAGACCAAUACUAAAGAGCAUGAGCUGCAUAACGGGCCAUACUGGCGUGAACGAUCACUCAUCCCGAUAUGGCACCUCUUGUCGCUCCUGCUGAGCGCAAGAGAGGACUAUAUGAUGGCUUCCCGAGCGUGUGAGGGGGCGUUUGAACAGUUCAAGGACCCGUCGGUGCUAUUUGGAGACAAGCGGCUCAAUGGGGCGUACCGCAGCGACCAUCUGAACGAGAUGGAGGCCCUGGUCGAGAAACUCGACGACGAUGGAAGCGGAGUGGUUGAUGAUAUGGAUGACUACGAGAAGGAAGCCGUGCUGGAAGUCAAGAUGACACAGCUUGCGAUCAUCGAGCUCCUGGAGGGCCCCAAGGUCGCCGUCAAUGCUAGCCUGGAGCUCCUGAGCCUCUUUUCGAGGCUCUUCGGCGUGCCACAGCCAAAGGUGCCGGCACACGCGCCAAAGACUGCAGAUAUCCCGAAGAGCUCGACGGGGACGUUGCGGAGCAUCAGGGGUACCAUAUUUGGAAGCAGGUCCGAAAGGCUGAGCCGCACUAGGCACGGUGCGGGCAACAGCGAGAAGGCGUCAGUUGCGCCGCAGUCGAGACCGCAGACGAUGCAGACGAUGGCGGAACACGCGCCAGGACUGGCCACGCAGAGCACCAACGAGAGCGCGUACUCGCGCGAGACCCAACGGCGCCGGCAAUCGGCGAGCGUGACCAGGAGAAGCGAGUCGGGCAAGAGGGCCAGCCUUCGGAAACGGGAGAGCAGCGGGAGUCGGAGGCGUGCGGUGAGCAGCGGCGCCGUCUCCCGCCCACCUACCGUCGCCGACGGCGAGAGCUUCUUCACUCCGUUUGGCGAAUCCGCGUCGUCGGACAAUGAUUUCUUCAGUAGCUUCGCAACCAAGCGGUUCGGUGUAGGGUCCAGGACCGCCUCACAUACGGACUCGCACGCGUCCAACGGCGCAACCAAGUCGGGGGCCGUCGAUAUAACGGGCAUAUCCGUGGACAGGCUGGAGGCGCAUCCCGCCCUACUUCCAGUUAUCCAAUUCUCCAAGGACCAUGACAGGCGGCGCAGGAAUGCGGUGCUGAUCAAGGUCUGGCUCAUGAUUGCCGGCUUUUACAGGCGCGCAGGCAUGCCGCAGGACUCGCAGGGGUCUCUGGCCGAGGCCAUGAAGCUCGUGCAGAGUCUUGAAGCAGAUGUCGCAAAAGAUACUACGGCAUCUCUGUCGUUCAAACAAUGCGGCUGGGCCCAGAAUAAGAGCGUGGCGGAACUUUGGGGCGACAUAUGGUCCGAGAAGGGCUAUUUAUCCGUAGCCACGGGGGCCCCGUACCUUGCGCGAGCGGACUUCGAGUCGGCUCUGAUGCACUUCCCCGACCACCCAUCGGCAAUCGUUGGUCUUUCGAACAUCUUGCUCGAUAUCUACUCCGAGGCUCUCCUCCCGCCACCGGCCGUGCCUGGCCUCAACGUGAGUACGGGCACUGCUUCCACGACCGCAAGCCAUAGCAGUGUCGCCCCGACAGUAGACAUGGUCAUGCGAAACAAACCGGACAGCAUCCCACAGUUCCCGCCCUCCGAACCUCUCGGUCUCUCGUCAGCAACAGCCAAGAAAGAGAGCGUGAAAAGCAAUGGAAAGACGGCGAUACCGCAACACGAGAGCAAAUUGCUGCCGCCGCAUAAGGCGACGUCGCUGCCGCUCGUCGACCGGCUGGCGGCGAGAGAUCGCGCGUACGGGCUCUUGUCGGGGCUCACCAAGUCGGGACCGGGGUGGAACUACUCGGAGGCCUGGUUCGCACUGGCGAGAGCGCACGAGGAGAGCGGCCAGCCGGACAAGGCGAAGGAGGUGCUGUGGUGGUGCGUCGAGUUGGAGGAGGGCAUGGGGGUUAGGGAGUGGGAGUGUGUCGGACCGGGGGGUUAUGUUAUAUAGGUCAUUGGUCGCCUUGGCUGUGUUGUAGAUAGCUACCAUGUGGCUAAGAGCUGCCCGGCCAGCUAAUAACUCGAAAGGCAGUUUAGCUUGCGCCUAAGGGGGUGACAUGAGGUUGGCUUAAGACCAUUAAUAUCCAUCUUAAUCAAAUUUAUGAGCCGGAGAUACGUAUUAGCGGGGCACAUUUAUCUGG